AUGCCUGGUACAACUGUUGUAUCCUCGCCGGGCAAGGUCCUCGCAGCCGGAGGCUAUCUUGUCCUCGACCCAUCAUAUUCUGGAGUCGUAAUUUCUACUUCGUCGCGAUUCUAUGCAGUCGUACAGGACGCCGGCUCUGCAUAUGGCGCCAAUGUGGUAGUGGUAAGAUCCCCUCAAUUUGUCCAGGCCGAGUGGAGGUACUUUGUGCGCCUUGAUAGAGCUCGUGUUGUAGUGGAAGAAAUUCCCUGUAACGUGGGCGCUCACGAUAGCACCAGAGCAAACAAGUUUGUACACCUGGCCAUACAGCACACCCUUUCGCUGGCCCUGGAGGUUAGAGGUGUGGAAUCGCUCGAGAAGGACUUAGUGAAUGGUCUGGAUAUCGCUAUCGUGGGCGAUAAUGAUUUCUAUUCGCAGCGAGCCAAGCUUGCUUCUAUGAAACUCACACCGUCAACUGCUUCUCUCUCCCGAAUCCCUCCCUUCUGCCACUGCAGAGUGUCAAUCUCAGAUGUUCACAAGACCGGACUUGGCUCCUCAGCAGCGCUUAUCACAUCCCUUGUAUCCGCGCUCCUACUACACUUCUCCGUUGUAUCUCCAGCAGAAUUUCUUGAGGAUUUGAGCGUAGACAGGCGUCUUGCUCACAAUACUGCUCAGUUUGUGCAUUGUUUAGCUCAAGGCAAAGUUGGUAGUGGAUUCGACGUAUCGGCUGCUGUCUUUGGUAGUCAGCUUUACACCCGCUUUGACCCAGUUGUGCUUCAACCACUGAUGAAUGAUGAAAUAAUACAUACCCAGUCUCUCUUGACAAUACUCUCACCAUCUAACAAGGCGUGGAAUUACCGCGUAGAACCCUUCAAGCUUCCACCACUUAUCAGACUUAUGUUGGCCGAUGUCGAUGCUGGCAGCGACACCCCCUCUCUAGUUGGUCAGGUCUUAAAAUGGCGACAGCAAAACCCAUCAGAAGCAACUGCGCUGUGGACUGCAAUCAACAACUCGAAUCAAAAUCUGGCAAAGGCUCUUGCUAUCCUAUCUGAUUUGCACUCUGAAGACCCUAUCGCAUAUGAGCUAGCCGUCAGGUACAUUUCAUCUCUUCAGCCGGUCCAGUGGCUAGCAAAUCCAAGCAUAUCUCCGUCUGAAGAACGCCUGGUGCAUGCCUUCUAUGACGUUCAUCAAUUUACCCAAGAUGUCCGGGCGAACAUGCGGGAAAUGGGUCAACUUGCAAACGUGCCGAUUGAACCCCCUGAACAGACAAGUCUUCUAGACGCGUGCGUAUAUCAGGCAGGUGUUAUCGGAGGCGGUGUUCCUGGCGCCGGUGGAUACGAUGCGAUCUGGUUAUUAGUAUGCGACGCACCCGACUCUUCGCUGCAACAACAGCCAGUACAUCGUGUCGAACGAGUCUGGAACACGUUCACAUCCCUCGAUGUCUCGCCCCUUUCCGCAAGCGAAAGCAUCGCAAAAGGGGCUCGCAUUGAACAGCUAGAAAAUAUCCCUGGAUUGAAGGAGACUGUGUUUCGACAGUAA